AUGACGGGCAGAAGGGCGGCAGUGGCCGAUAUGGGGCUCGCGUCAAGAGGGACUUUCACGCGGCGCAUCACCAGAAGCGCGGCAGCAGCCGUGAGAGAAUCAGCCGACACUGAACCCGCUACCGUAGCUUCGACGGCGUCGGCUCCCAACAGUCACGCACAAGUUGAAAGGGUGGGUAUCAUCAUGUCCAUCGACUUGGGCAGUUCGGGUAUACGUGCCUGUCUUCGGCCGCCCAACAAGGAUGCAGAGGUUGUGUGGAUUGAGAACAACAGCAACGAGAGCAAUCCUUACACAUUCAGCGCCCAGGGCUGCGUUUUUGGCACCGUGAAUGACGAGGUCAUCUACGAUGGGUAUGAGCUCCAAACAGGUCGGGAGGAGGUCGCACUCAAGUAUGGCUUCUACAUCCUCGCGGAUGCCCCCGCAGAGUUGACGGAGGAAUACCCACUGAUAAAUGAUCUACUGGCUGAGGACGCACGAGACAGCCAAAACUUCCGCCGAAGGUUGAGAAUCGGCAUCAUCAGCAUGCUGCGGUUCAUGCGCGAAAGAGCAGAGGAGACUAUGAAUGGCAUGGGCAACACGGAGGAGUGGGUUAUCAACAAACUCACUGUGAGCAUUCCUUCACAGUGGAACCUUGACUUUGAGGCAGUCUACCGUGAACUCUUGCGUCAAGCUUUUGACUGGAGUCUGGCUUUGGCCAAAGACCAGAUCAAAUUCUACUUUGAAACCGAGGGUCUGGCCGGUAGCCUGCUACUGGAUUUGCAGGGCCAACUUGUGAAAAAUGGCAGACAUGGUCACCAACUGUGCCUUAUGCUUGACUUUGGUGGCCAUUCCAUGAAUGGGUGCUUGUAUUGGGUUACCAGCGAGAGUGGCGAAGUUUCGAAUUUCUUUGCAGCGGCAGUUCCCUUUGGGACUGGCGGUGGAGGCGAGCACUUCAUUGACAGGUUGGUCAACACUUGUGUCCGUAAGGUGGCGAAUGCGAGCAACGGUACAUCGAACGUAACCCCUGCAGGUAAAGCGCAAGCCAGAGCAUUUUUCAAGAGGUACAGGGCACACAUGGGCCCUGGUGGAAGGACAAGGACGCUGAAUCUGGUGGUCAACACUGGCCCGGAAACGUUCGUCAACUGCCAUCUCUCAGAGGAAGAUAUCCUGCAGGCCUGGGAGGAUGCCUUUGGACGCACAAUUCGAAUGGCCAAAACCAACAUCGAGGCCCUCGUCGACAGGGACGAGGUUCAGCACUUCAACACCACGGCUCUUGUUGCUUUGGCAGGCGGAAGUCUCAAGAACACCCCCCUGGCCCAGAGAAUCAUGAAUAUUGUAAAGGAAGCUGGCCUUGGAGACGCGCAGCGAGUUUUCCACAAGGGUGGUGACUCGCAGUCCGUCCGCAAUGCCGUGGGAAUGGCACAUGACGAGGUCCACCAGAUCUCCGUGGACGAGUUCUUCAACCGGGGCGCGGGUAUCGGUGUGCAAAUUCAGCCUGGAGGACAGGGCGAAUGGGAGGAUGUGGCGUACUGCAUGCUUUACUACGAUACUCAACGGCAAACAGACGUACACCCGGCGUGCGCAGUCCAGCUGUUUCCCGAAGAUCGGGUUCGGUUGAUUUGCGACCCUGCCUUUGGAAAGAACCGCACUCUCAACAAUAAUAGCCCCAGUGAAGACGACGAUCUUGACAUGGACGAGUCCGACGAUUCCGAUGAAUCCAAUGUGGAGAUGUCCUGGAAGCGGACAUAUGACUUCUUGGACGCCUUGCCGCACUCCAGUCAUAAAAGUCGUUGCGAGUGGUCUCUUCGUCGUCAAAGAGACGGUGAGAAGGUGGUUCUUAACCUAAGUAUCACCAUGACUCCCAUACUGAGAAGCAAAGCGGCCACAAAACGCCUCACCAAGGAGUGGAACUUCGUUCUCCCGCUGUACUUCGACCCUGGAACCCGAUGCGUAAUGCCGGGUCAGAAAAGCACACCUCUAGAAGAAGCAAUCCCGGCCCUCUUCCUGGACAGGGAUGGAGAUUCCCACAUGUCGGGCUAG